GUCGGCGAACUGUAUUUAUAAAUAUUUACAGUUGCAGGCUAGCUGUCUACAUUUCAAAGUAACAAGCAGGUAGCACCAAACAGGAACUAGGACCCCAUCACCACUAACUGUCAGCAACACGAUUUAGAGGAAAUAAAGUUUUACAAUUCAAAAUAAAAAUGGCUGCCCUAACGACCAACGAUACAUUCCAGGGUGAUGACGCUUUCCAGCCCGCUGGCCAUCAUGACAAACAGUUUUAUAUCCAGAACUGGAGAGAGAAAGAAGCACAGGCUAAGAAGGCUGAAUUCAUCCGGGAGACAGAAAAACUGAAAAAACAGAUUGCAAAACUUGAAAAAGACCAAAAUGCACAUAUUUAUGUCAAAAAGAAAGAUGUCAGAAAUGAGUUUGGAACACUGGAAGACUUGGAACUCAAACUGACAAAUAGUAGAAAAAUAGAAAAGGCUAAGCUUCAACAGCAACUUGCCAAAAUCCACAACGGUGUAAAGAGAUUCCAAAGACAGCUGAAGGAUGUAAAGCCGACCCCAGAGUUUGUGGAAAAGCUCAAGGAAAUAAUGGAGGAAGUUGAAAAUGCCAUAAAUGUUUUCAAAGAAGAGCAACGACAAAGUUAUGAGGAGCUCAUGAAAGAGGAGAAGAAUUCCUCUCAGGAAAUCAUUGCUCUGGAAAAGAAGUUUGAGACAUGGGCCUUGGCUGUGUCAGCUGCUCCAAAAAACUGCCCAUCUCUCUUAGCUAAGGUACCAUUAGCCACAACCAUUGAGGAUGAUCUGCCAGCUGAAGUAGUGGAGUUUGAGAAGUUCUUGCAGCAGACUGGAGGGCGACAGGGAGGCUGGGAUGAUUAUGAUCAUCAGAGCUUCUUAAAAGUUUGGACCAAGCACAGUGGCAAGCCUGGGUAUAUGAAGGAAGCCUUGCUGUAUCUGCCUGGAAGAACCCAGGAAGAUAUUCAGCUCCACGAGAAUUGGUAUCAAGAGUUUCUAUUUCUUGAAGAAAACAAAAAGGAGGCUAUUCAGAAAUGGAAAGCUAAGAAGCAACAGGAAAAAGAAGAACUCCUGAAGCAGAAAGAUAAAUCAGAGGAAGAGCUGAGGCAAGAGCAGCUGGCCCAUGCAGAGGCACGGCGUCAGAAAAUUGAACAGGAAAGAAAAGACAGACAGACAAGACUCCAUGUUUGGAAGAAGCAGAAGGAGGAGGAGCGCACCAUGGAAGAGAAGCAGCAUCUCAGAGAAGAGGCAGAGAAAAGGAGGAAGGCAAAGGAGGAGCAGCAGCGGCAGCUGGAGGUCAAGCUAGAAGUGGAGACAUAUGUCCGGCAGAAGAAGGAGCAGGAGGAAUUUCUUCGUCUUGAAAAAGAGAUGCAAGAGCAGGCUGAGCAGGAUGAAAAGAGGAGACAGGCUGCUAGAGGAAUCACCAAGUUUCAAGAAAGAGAUUUGCACAAAUUAGAGUCCAAGCUGUUGGAGAAACGAGCAAAAGAGGAAGAAGUUGCUGAGCGUGAGCACAGACUGGCCAAGUUGAAGGAGAAGGUUGAAGUUCACAUAAGCAGAGACCCAUCUAGACUAUGGAGACCUACAAAGGGAUGGGAAGAACGCACCAAACAGAUUGGACCAACUGGGGGAGGACCAUUGUUGCAUAUACCACAAAGAGCUGUGCCAAGCUGGAGACAAGGCUUAUAGUCAGAAUAAACAUCGAGAUCUUCUAAAUAAACUGGUACCAUACUAUAGAAAUGCAUUAGUCCAAAGGAUAUCAAGGCAGAGCACAUCAAACAUUUUAUGGAAAUGGAGUUCUAUAGGUUUGGAAUUAUGUAAUGUGUAAAUUAUUUUUAAAGAACUUGAUUCUGGAAUCAAAUGUGAAAAUUCAUAGCACCAUAACAAACCAGUGUACACAGAUAAAAUACAGAGGGUCCUCUUAACUUGUACAGAUUGCACAGUAACUGUAAGUUUAAAGAUAUUUGUAUAAAAUCAAGAGUUUAUUGGAUCAUAAAUGUGAAUGCAGUCUGAAACUUCUAUUUGAGGGUAGGCGUGUAUGAUAAAAGUUUGGUGAAGAUUGGUGAAUGUCAUUGAAAACUGGUCAUUUUACAUUCGUAAUCCAUUAUCUGCCAGGUUGAGUUUCUUAGAUCUCUAACUAAAUGGAGAUUUAUUCUAUGUUUCUGUCGGAAACAUUCCAGCUUGAAGUAUUGGUGUGCAGUGAGAAACAUUUUAAAAUGGUCAAAACACAUUACAAACAGAUGAAUGCACUUUGAGUUGUAAAUUAUUUUUAAUAAUUUUGUGUAUUUUGCACCAUGUCAUAUCCAAUCUUGUAAAUACUAAAACUCCAAAACAAACUGCUCAAUUUUGCCUUUAUUUGUGUGUGGUUUGUUUUAUUAUUUACUGCUAGGCGACUUAAAGUUGUUACAAAAUAUCA